AUGGACCUCCCACCAGACGGCUACUCCUGGCGGAAAUACGGGCAGAAGCCGCCCAAAGGAUCGUCGUUCCCCAGGGGAUAUUUCCGCUGCGCUGUUCCGGGCUGCCCGGCGAAAAAAACCGCCGAGAUGGCUCCGGGCGGCGGGAGCAUGGAGAUUCUGUACAAGGACGAGCACACCCACCCGAAAGGGGCAGCGACUGGAAGGCGUGCCUCGGCUGGGCAUGCGGGGGAAGUGAGAGUGAUUAUAACGGAGGAUAUGGGGGGAUUCGCACAGCUAGAUGCUGCUAUAAAGGGGGAAAGGAAAGGGAAAGCAGCGCAUCUGACUGUCAAUUCCCCUGACCAUCGCCUGCUCGGUUCGAUUUCACGUCAAGCUGCCUCCCCGUCCUCCCUCUCGCAUCCUCCUCCUUCCUCCCUCACUCACCCCUCUCACGUCCCCCUCACUCGCCCCGCUCCCUCCCCACUCUCCCCUCUCUCCAACCAGGCCUCCACGCCUCAUCCCCCUCCUCUCACCCUCCCUCCCCCACAGUCACUCUCCUCCCCUUCGCUCCCCCUCUCAGCGCAUUGCAGCGUCACUGCCAGUGGCAGCGGGGAAGGCGCCAGCUCAGGUUACACCAUCAGCAACGUUAUCAGCAAACCCACCGGCAAUGCUGCUACCCACAGCAUCAGCAACGCUUUUACCAACCCCACCAGCAAUGCUGUCAACAAAGGCGCCAGCUCAGUGGACGGACCUGGUCCUGACAAUGUGACUAUACAGGACGGGCACAUGUGGAGGGCGUGCGGGCACACCCCGAUGAGAUGCGACCCCAUUGGCCGGCACUUUUUCGAGUGUGAGUAUAAGGGGUGUGACGCUAAGAGGAUGGUGGACCGCUGCCCCCAGCAGCCUGAGGACGGCAGUGGGCGGGUGAAUCUGCUGGUUACGUACCUGGGCCUGCACAGGCAUGCCGUUGUUCGCGCUCGCCGCAGUCCCCGUGUUCUCAAUUCCCGCGCAACGCUCCUCAUCUUCCACGUGGCUAUCUGCCUUGCUCUAUCCGCGUUUCCCGCUAACGCCUCCCGCUUUUCGCCCACCCGCUACUUGGGCUUUCCGCGCACCGCCUUCCCUCUCACCCACUUCCUGCGCUCCACAAUCCGCGCGCGCUACCCGCUAAGCGCUGCGAAGGACGUUCUCAAAUCACCCGUCUCCUUGACCAGUCGAGGUUCUAACGCGCGGUCAACGGCGAUUAAGCGCUUAAACUCCAGCCGUGGCGACUCGAAACCUGCGCCGCGCGCGUCUCUCGCCUCCGCAUCUCCCGGCGGGAUCACCGCGCGGCUGUCAGAAUCCGGCCUGCAGUCGUUCCGGGAUGUGCUUGUUAAGGAAGUGCUAGAAGAAAUCAUCCCGCUUACCAUACCUGACCUCCAGCUUCGGAAAGACCUUCCCAAGCCUCUCGGCUCGUUACAGGUCAACUUAACGGAUAUGGUUCUAUGGAACGCGAGUAUAGAGGAUGCGAGUAUCGACCUAGGGAUUGGAGAUGAAGGCGGCGAGAUCACCGUUUUUUCUGGCAGGAUCACCGCCAACGUCAGCCUGACGUGGAGUUACGUCAUGGCGGGCGGGUACGUGCGCGACUCGGGAAACGCGAGCGUGCAGAUCACGGGAAUGCAGGCGGGCAUCGCGGCGCAGCUUCAGGAGCGGUUCGGCGGGCUGUGGGUUUCGCUGCUGCAGCGCGGUGCAGCGAUUGAUGCGAUCGAGAUUCAGCUCACCGGGAGCAUCUCCUGGCUGUACACUGUGCUAGUAGACAUGCUACCCAACCACCUGAGGGCAGCCAUGGAAGCGGCCAUCACAAGCAGCCUUGACACCGUGGUCGCCACUGCCAACGCUGCUCUGCAGGCCCUUCCCCGCAUCGUGCCCAUCGAUGCCACCGCUGCUCUUGACGCCACUCUGCCUGGCGAUCCUGAGAUCGACGGCCAGGGCAUCUCGCUCGCUUGCCACGGCCGUUUCCUGCCGUCGGAUCGGAGCCUGCUGUCCCAUCGUGAUGAUUUUGAUGCUGCUGAUGAUGAUGUCAGCAUGCGGAGUAUUAUUGGUGAUGGGCUGGACGGCGGCCGUGGUGCUGACAUCAGCAGCUACCUUUGCGUUAGAGUGAUGCGGGAUGAUGAUGAUGAUGAUGAUGAUGAUGAUGAUGAUGAUGAUGAUGAUGAUGAUGAUGAUGAUGAUGAUGAUGAUGAUGAUGAUGAUGAUGAUGAUGAUGAUGAUGAUGAUGAUGAUGAUGAUGAUGAUGAUGAUGUCAGCACGCUGUCUCAUCGUGCUGCUGCUGACAUCAGCGGACGGAUUAUUGGUGGUAGUGGUGUGAGAAUCGACCGUGGUGCUGACAUCAGCAGCUACCAAGACGUGAGGGUGUUGCGGGAAGGGGGUGCGAUUAGCAAUGCUGGUGGGAAGGUGGAGAGGGGGAGACAUGAAGGGCGGAUGGUGGCGCUCUCUCUCUCUCAGCACCUCGUUGCUUCUGCUAGCCAAGUGUAUUAUCAGGCUGGUGCACUCUCCUACACCAUAGAUCACCUGCCAGAUUCCUUCCCCUGGAAGCUUCUCAACACCAAGGGGUGGCGCUGGAUCCUUCCCAGAAUGUUCCACGAGUACCCCAAUGCUGACCUGGUCUUCCGAGUCAACGCCAGUCAACCGCCCAAUGCCACGCUGACACCUGGUGGGAUCGGAUUGGAGAUCGACGCGCUGCUUAUGGUAACCGUGUUACCAGGCGAGACGUGGAACCAGACCGAUGUGAUUGGCGUGAAAAUGGUUGCUGUGUGUGCGGGAACAGCUGCUGUGGAUGGAAGCAAUAUCACCGCUACAGUGCAACUCGUUAAGUUUCAAGCACAGGAGGAGUGGAGUCUGGUCGGCAAUAUCCCCACUCAUAUACUUCAAACGAUCGUGUCUGCUCUCUCUCGCUCUGUCCUCAUCCCUCUGCUUAAUCACCGCCUGCGAUCUGGCUUCCCGCUGCCGUUCCCUACUGGCGUGGCACUUGCGAAUUCCUCCAUUCAUUACUGUCACAAUCGUUUGCUUGUGUGCGCUGACGUUGUUUACACUGGGGGAUUGUUUGGGGGACGGGUUAGGUGA